AUUCUAAACUGAGGAGCCCACGGAAAACCAGUUUGUGGUGUGUGAGCAGAAGUGUAAAAUGGGCUUCCGAAUUCGCGCCUUCUCUUCUCACUUUAAUUUGUUGAUUAUAUCUGUCACUUAAAUUGGAAAGAGGUGGUCCAUAGAAAAGGAAACACCCACAUGAAAGAAAGAUAGAUUAGACUCGGUGAUAAAUGUUUUGCUAGAAAGUUGGCCACAGUUUGGCGUCGUUUAACUUCGAACAUGUCGAACGAAAUUGCUUCUAUCCGCACGGGGAGCACUACCAGAUCAGCUCUACCGCGCGAAUAAGAAGCCCAGUUGCGAAGUUGAUGUUGGAGAGAGCGGAGUGCGUCUACCAUCUCCAGGUUUCUGAGCAAAAAACAAUCGUCUGCUCUGAAUUCUUCUUAUAUGGAGCAAACACAAGUUGGAAUUAAAGUAUUCACUCCGAAAAACCCCAUUUGUGAGAUUCUGUUCCACAGCCAACUAGGGAUUGUUGGAAGAAACUGAAUAGAUCUCACCAUUCUUGUCUCCUACACGAUGAAGUAUUUGCUUUGUUCUCCUCACAGUUCUUGAGUAAUUUUGGAAUAUAUUCGAACUUCUACACCAUCAACCAGAAUCUAUCUUUCGAAGGAGAUCUUCCUUGCAUCAUAAAGCUACACAUUUAUUUUUUUAUGAUCUGAUCGGGACCUCGGCAUCAUGUCAGCUUUACCUGGUGGGAAUAUUUUCAAGCAAGCAUGGGUCACCAUAACAUCGUUUUUCGGCAGUUUUCUUUCAAGCGAUGAUGACGAAAUUGACGAGACGACAGGACUUACCAGGCAGCAGAAAACACUGAUUAAGAAGUCAUGGUCGUACGUCCAAGAAGACAAACUCAGGAUCGGGGUGCUUAUCUUCAUCAAAUUAUUCAAAGCCUUCCCGUCAUCCCAACAAAUGUUUGACAAACUCAAAGACUUCACAGAUAUGGAGGAGCUGGCGCGGAACAAGAAGAUGAAAGCACACGCGACCAGGGUGAUGGCAGCAUUUACGUCCAUUGUAGAGUACAUUGAUCAACCUGACAUCCUAGAUGAACUGCUACGAAAUACUUCUAUCACACACUACAAACUGAGAAUGCCUCCUCAUUACUUUGAGGACCUUGGAGGAGUAAUAAUCGAGGCUCUGAGUGAAAGUCUGGGAGAUAAGUUCACACAGAAGACGAAAGAGGCAUGGCUCAUUUAUUACUCAUACAUGUGUAAAGUAAUGUUGGAAGAAAUGGAAUUGUUGGAACCAUCACAUGACGACAACUAGUCCCGAUAUAAAAUAAAAACGAACUUUAUCUUUGACUAUAUAGUGACCGCAUAUGGAUUUGUACAUAACUCGUAUCAAUUUUUCACUUGUGAUAUAUUCUGAGAGUAAAGGAUGAUUUUUACAAUAUGAAGUGGUUUGUAUAAUUAUUUACUAUAAAUACAUCAUAUGGCUGUAUAUUAAAUAUCUAUAUAUUGGACGCUUUUCUUUUCGAAAAUAGGUUCAUAGCUCACAUGGUAAAGUCAAUUAUCAUUAUGAUGAUAUCGUAGCCAAGGCGAAUCUCUAAGUUGGAGCAGGAUUUUUCCCCCACUGAAAUGUAUUCUGCUUUUCUUGUAAAAGAAAACUGUCAGUGGAAAGAGCUGUAGAGAUGGGACUAUAAGCGACGUCUAUGCUGCCCUAUUUUGGCAAAAGGAAGCAAGUGACACAUUAGUCAAAUUUGAGUUAUUGUUGUUUCUGAAACACCCUUUGUAUGUUGCACGUUCAGGCAAAAUUUGGGAAAGAAAUGAUUCUUCUAUGGAAAGAUAUUGAAGAAAAUAUGCUGUAAAAUUGCAUUGAUGCCUAUGUAAAUGGCGAACACUUAUUACAAUAAAUGAUAUUUUUAUAACUUGCUUCCUUUUUCCAAAGUACGGCAGUAUGGUGGUCCCGAUAAAACAAUUAAUUGCAGGCGUAAUAUUUUUAAAAGUUUAAAUUACAAAAUUUCUUCUGAAAGUAGUAAAAAAAUCUAGGUAUAUAAAUGUGAGCAUACAUUUCACUUCAGUUUGCUGUAAAAUCUGAAAAAGAUAUCAUUUAUUAUCUCAUUCUCCUCAAGGAAGUUCUUUUUAUUAUCAUCGUAAUAUCAUUUAUUGAAUUAAAGUGGCAUUUUUUGCUAUUCUUUGGAUGUAUUUAAAGGUAAUGUAAUGCCUAUUUUGCGGUUCGGUAUAAGUGGGUUUUUAUGAAACAUUUUGUAUCACGAUGCUAGUACAUGUUAUUGAUGCGAGAGUAAUUGCCCUGGAUGAGAAGUCAAACCUGCUAUUCUUCAAGACUACGUAGAUGGAUACAUGCAUCCACGUGAUGCUCACUUCUUCUCUUCUGGUGACCGCACAGAAUGAUGCAUGGAUUGGUUGGUGACCAUACGUCUCCUUUUCCAAGGCUUGUCAGGAUGCACGCAUCCACAUGCCGGUCAUCCGUCUCCUUUCAAGACCGCGUAGCUGAGCGGCCGAUUACCCCGUAAACUAAUUGAUAUGGAGUGGUUUGGCGAAGAUGAACGAUUCCUUUUUAAAUGUUAUGACGCGGGAACAUACGGUGAAGAACUUAAAAUCAAGAUCUAGGCCUCCCGAGGACACCACCUAAUGACAUUCAUUCUGUCCAGACAUUCUUCACGUCAUACACAGAUAGUUGUUAGCAAGGCGAGUUCGUCCUGAUCGUUAAGAGUUGCAAAUCUAUAGACUUAAAAUCAUGGUAAUUGUAUAUUCAACUCUGGAGCUUAAAAAGUGGAUCCAGGGUUCAAACGACUAUAGUCAACAAUUAACAUGGAUGAAAGGGUUAAGCGUAUCUCUCGUCAUUAUUGUGUUUUAGUAUUAAUAGCCAUGGCGGUCCCGCUCCACCCGGUUGCCUCACCUAUAGGGUGACGAUGACCAACUUAAUUUCUGCAACCAAAUUUGACGGAAAUCACAUUUCUACAAAGUUGCAUGAUAAUAUAUUACAUUUAUAGGAACCAGGAUGACAGCUAUUUAAAUCAAUUUUAGAAAACGAAAUUAAUUUCUCAUCUUUUUCUACUUCGAAUAUUAUGAUGAUGACGUCAUAAGAUUACCCUCCGAAUGCCUGUCGCAUCGCAAUAUUCUCAUUCUGGACUCUCUUUAUUAUCCGUAUAGCGCGAUUCAUGGAACAUAAUCAUUCUAGGCCUCCCGGUGGCAAAAAUCAGUAAAUUCUAUAUUUUCCGGACAUACGAGAAAAAUAAGAGGAGGUGAAAGCAGUAUCACCUAGCCACGUGGUUUGACGUUUAUGUGGUUCGUGCAACGACGAACAUAUAGCCCGGAAUCCCUAGAACUAGACUAACUAUAUAGAAGUCGCCUCAAGGGCGCUUACAAACAUGAAGUUAAUGAAUCUAUUCCUGAAGAAAGCCUGUCAAGCUAUUUUCAUGAUGUACACCUGCAGAAGUACUUUCCCACGUCGAGCUAUGUCAUCAUUCCAUGGCUGUUACUAUGUUGGUAUCAUUUCCAGGCAAUAGCCCUCGUUAUAUCCCUGGCCCCGGGCAAUAAUAUAACCAGCGCACUCUAAAUAUAGCGUUAUGAAUAUAUUUUGAUUGCUUUGAAGAUGAUUAUCAAGUGUUGCAGAUGUCAUAUUGUGGUGUCACAAGGACACCUUCCUUCAUCACAGAAAAAAAGUUAUGAAGCAUUAUUCAAUCAACUCGGUAGCAUUGAGAUGUCUUCGCGUUUUCACGACUUAUACCAACUCUAUGGCAAAAUAAUACAUUGGAUGGGAAUGUUAAAACAAUUAUCCUGGUGCCCCCCCCCAAAAAAAAAAAAAAAUCCUACCUGGUUACUACCAAUCUUUAGAAGAGCAUUGCUCUCGCAAGCAGGCCCUGCAAUCUGAGUAUAUAAAACCUCAUCAUCAAGUUUCUCUGAUCAUACUCACAAGCACUCACGUUUUUUUUUCUUUAUUUAGGUUGCUGUAAACUUUACUAACCGACUAAGAUCAUAAUACUCGGAUAAUUAUGUAACUAUAUAUAUUCUCUAUGAGAUUAAUCCAAGAAUAUUUCUUUCAAGAUAUUGAUAGCACGUGUUUGUAAACCGGACAGUUAUUGUUCAGGUGAAAUGAUGUAUUUAUUAGUUACAAAAUGAUUUUGAUAAUUCUUCAUUGUACUCAAGAUACGUUCCAAGAAACCUUUCGCUUUAGAGUUUCGAUCGUUACCAUCAAAGUUUGAAAUAUUACCAUAAAUACUUAUUUGAUAUUGCGUGUUGUGUCUUUUUAGUUCUUUGUGUUCUCUUUGGUUAUGUCUUAAUUAAUUGUCACCUUAUUAUUAUUAUUAUUAUUAUCAUCAUUAGUAUUAUCAUUAAGCAAGGAGAAUUAUUCUUUUCGAUUACCUUUUCUGUGUGUAUUGUGUAUAUUUCUUUCAAUUGUGACUUGUUAAUUAUGUUAUGAAGUGAGUAAUUGUAUAAAAUAUAUGAAAUAUAGAUUUAAACACAUUUUACAUACAUCGUUUACGUUGUUAUUUUUAUGAUCAAUUGUGAUACAUGUAUAUGAAUGUUUUCAGGCAUUAGACAAACACGGAAAGUGUUGUACCAUUUUUGAAUUAAAAUAAUAGAAGUAUCGUAUCCAGAUAUUUCGCGGUUCGAGUAAGAAAUCGAAUGUUGUAUCUUUCUGACUGAUAGAAUAAAGAUGAAAAUGACUAGUAACAAAUAACUAUGAAAUAUCAACGAAACAACAAGAACAAAAUAAAACAAAACAAUCAACCAAAACACACAUACACACAAGGUGAUAAACGUGGCAUGAUAUGAAUAUAGAAUGUUAUAUUUACAUUAUUACUUAAUUAAGUUGAUAAUAUGACAUGAUUGUGUCUAAUUAUGAUUAAACAUCAGAGAGACAAUAUGUAUUAUUAAUUUGCUUUUGGUUCAUGUCCGGUGCAUAAUAUUAAAACAGGAUUGAAGAAUAUUAAACUGAAAAUUGUAGAAUAUAAUUUUAAAUAAUGUUCGAAAUUGCCGAGACUGAAACAAGGAGAGGGGAAAUUCAUGCUUCGUAAAAUAAUAACGAGUUACAUGUAUAUCAUAAUCCGAUUUAGUCCAGUAAGGCGCCACUUUCUUUUAUUGUCCGUAGAAUUUGUGUACAUUCUUGUACAUUUUGUAAAAUACAACACCAUAUUAUGUACAGUCUCAAUUUUCUACCAUCUUUGUCGAUGUUCGUUGAUUUGCCGAUUUGGUGAAGUUUGCUGAUAUCAUGACGUCAUAUCUUAUAGUUAGGUACUAUUAAUUGUACAUGAGCCAUUGUAAACGUGAGUUCACUUGUGAAUUUUAUCAAAAUACAAGUAUGUUUAUUAUCAUUAAAGAGACAGUUCUAUUA